AAAGGUGCUAAUUUAAAGCAUCAGUACCCCAAAAAGACAGGCACUGACGAACAGUAGAGUAGUAUUAAACUGAACGUAAAGCGAUGAAGAAGCUCGAGCAAUGAGGUCUCUAACUAUGUUUUUCUAACCUGGUAUAUAGUAUAUUGUCCGAACUCAUGUUACCCGAUGGCGCUCAUUUAAGAGCUGAAGAUUGGACAAUAUUUUGUUUGAAUCAGUUGACACCUGAAUUGAAAGAAGCAGCUGCUGAGGAAUGCCAGCCACAGCAGAAUCUCACGGAAACAAACAACAUGAUAGAUAAACCGCUUCUGUAUGUUUUAAAUCUCGUUCGAACAAAGCAUGAUUCUACAGCCAGAAGAGGUGCAAGAGUAAAGGCAUUGGCAAUCUGUACAAGGCAUCAAUACCUUCACAUUUAUAAGCCUGUAUUAUUAUUAGCCAUGGAGAAAUACUUUGAAAAUCCCACUAUAGAGAUAUUAGAAUCACUUUAUAAAGCCGUCAAUUCUAUGGAUUUGAGUAGAAUGCCCUUAUUGACCUGGCAUGAGCGACAGAUUUUAAGAGCAACUGAUAACAGGACGAUGUUUGAAGAACUUUUUCUGGCUGAUAGGCCCAAUGAUAGUAACAACGGUACUAUACCAAUUUCAACUUCCAACAACACCUUAACAGAUAGCAACGUUGCUAGUCAGAGUGCUAACAUAGAAAAUGGCAAUAACGCAGAAGAAAAUCGACUGCGACGAGGCACUUAUAUUGAUUUAGCUUCAGGACAUGUUCGCGAAAAGAUACCCGCCCUCAGUAAAGAUACUCAUUUCUUUGAAACAAAAAUUGUUUAUGAUGGCAUCCACCUGCCGAUUAGGAUUCCUCUCACGAUGAAUGAUGAAGAAGUUGGAGAUUUCUCCAUAAUCAAGCUUAUACAUACCUUUUCACCCAACCUUAAUGGCAGCCAUAUGAAUCUUGGCUUUAAUAACGACAAUAAGCAUGCUUAUUUCGGGUCUCCCAACCCUCAUCACCCGCAUCUGGAUAGUAGUGGGCCUUAUACUCAUCCCAUCAUGAUUUUACUGAAUGCGUUAUUGACGCAAAAGCGCAUCAUUUUCCUCGGCUAUGGUCACCCUUCAGGCGAGGUGGCUAAUUAUGUUUUGGCAGCCUGUGCUUUAGGGAGCGGAUGUGGUACUGUGUUGAAAGGCUUCACUGAACGAGCAUUUCCUUAUACCAACCUGACGAGCAUUGAUGAAUUAUUAAAAUGCCCUGGGUUUAUUGCUGGUGUGACCAAUCCAACUUACGAGGAGCAUACCAGUUGGUGGGAUGUGCUGUGCGAUAUUAGUACAGGCAAAAUCACAGUGAGUGAUCAAAUUGAACCCAUAGGAAGAAACCAAUCCAGCAUAACCAUGGCAUCAUCUACCUUAACAGCACCAGCAGCAGCAUCAAUAAAGCCAGAGGAAAAAUUGUCUACGACGCCACCUAUUACUGGAUUUCAUGCUUUAUCAAUCGGCCGAAGCUCCAGUUUACCUCAUGCUAUGACGACACAUACCGUGGUUAACACUGCAUCUUCGCCUUCAUCGUCUUCAUCGCACGGAUUAUCGGAAACGAAGACAAAUAUACCAAUAACAUCAACAGCAUUGAAUGCCGUCGAUAAUACAGAUGCAGAAUUUAUCAAUGAUGUCAUGGUCUCUAUUCAAGCACAUUAUGGAGAAACAUCUAUUCGUGCUAAAUUUCAAGAUUAUGUGUUACGUUUCGUACGCCUCGCUGCGGUAUACGAAGAGCAAGUGUAUGGAUAUACUAACAUUGGUGGCCUGCUAUGGUCAACAACGGGCGAUCAUUUCAAUAACACCGAUAGUGUUGCGAAUAAAGAGCGUUUAUCUACAACAUCGAUUUCAUCUUCUUCAACUAUAAACACGACUAUCACCACUACGAUGGCAGUCGGGCUAGGUUACGGUCCUGUCUUCCAGGAUGAAAGCAUCAAGCAGAGAGAAUUAAAUGCUAAUCGACAUCGAAUUGAAGGGUGGCGACAAACAAUUUCUUAUCAAUAUUAUCAGCGCGAUAUAAAGCCAUGGAUAAAUAAAAAUAGUUGUAUCCAAGGUUUAGACGUGUACCGGCAAAUCAGUAAAUUGAAAAAAUUCAAAUCGAUACCGGAUAGUGAAAUGAGUUUAAUUUAUGAGGCCUUUCUCAGCAAAGUUAUCACUCAUAGGCAGAUUAUUGAGGUGUGAUAAAAAGGUUAUACUAAUACUCAUAUUGCUACGCGCUAAUAUUAUUGUAUAUUUUGAUUUAGUUCCUAUCUUUCUUGCCUCAGCAUCAAGGCGGUCUGUCACCUUUAGGGGUAGGCU